CGAGGCUCUAUCGCGAUAAACUUAGAAACUGGAGUUGAUUCAAGUCGGAGCGUAGACAACAUACACACGUUCGUGGAUAUUGACUGGAGAAAACGUGAAAAUGUAGGGAGAAUAGGACCGAACAGAUUAUGUCGGUAUUUUGGACAAGAAGUAGACAUUUUGUGUGUCCCACUGAACUUUUUAGAUUUACAGGUGUGAAAUGGGAAUUUGCAUUUGGGACAGGUAGUCGGCAUAACGCUUUGUUUAGUGAGACCGUGUAAUACUACGGUAUGGAAUUACUCUUAUUGUCUCCCCCAGUGAGUGUGUUCUGAGGACCCUAAUGGCCUGUGCCGAUGUCUCUUAAUUAAUUAGCCUCCGUAUUCUGAGUUGUUUUUAAUUACUACGGAUAUAUUAUAUUAUUCAGUGGCAACAAGUAGGAACUCGGUAUGGCUUUACUCAGUGUACAUGUAUGAGACUUGGACCGAAUACAGAGAGUUAUUUUUAUUUUGAAAAACGGAAUUUUAACCAGAAAUGAAGGUAACAGUUGACCAUGAUUCUCCAUCAAAAUGAAGUUUUGGGGUAACGUUCGUGUUUUGCUGCUACUGUCUGCAGUAGCAGCAGUGUAUGGAGAGGUCGUACUGAAGUUUGAUGUAGUGGAAGAGCAAGACCCAUUGACUUACAUUGGACAGAUCAAUGUGUCAGCCUACCCCCCACCAUAUACUGUAAUGCAAGGUGAUGAAGGCAUUAGAUUAGAUACUCAAUCUGGACGAAUCCAGACUGCCAGAAGGUUGGAUAGGGAGACAAAAUCCGAGCACACAAUUGCUUUAUUUUCCACAGGAGGAGGAUUUGUAGCCAUCCAAAUUCAAAUUAAUGUGACGGACAUUAACGACAAUGCUCCCUAUUUUCCCAAUGGCAGCAAAUCCCUGUCCCUGUCGGAAAUAUCUCCGAACGGAAGCAAGGUUCACAUAGGAAGUGUGAUAGAUAGGGACAUCGGGGUGAACACAGUCCGACCCCCGGCGGUCAUCAUCAGCGGAAACCAAGAAAACAUGUUUAAAUUAGAAACCAAAACCACAGGCAGCCAAAACACACUGUAUUUAGACUUGGUGUUAAAUGGGAAGUUAGACUAUGAUAAUGGAGUAAAAAAAUACAGCUUGGUUAUUCAAGUCAGUGAUGGCGGAACCCCUCAAAGAUCUACGGAUCUGACUGUGACUGUUAAUGUCCUUGAUGCGAAUGACAACGCCCCAGAAUUCACACACACCAAAUACUCCACAGUUAUUCCAGAAAAUAUUCUUAUAGGGGCUAGUAUUGUUAAAGUCAGUGCCACUGAUAUAGACUCGGGUGAAAACGGUCAUAUAACUUAUCUUCUGGAUCGGCAACGAGAUCCGGAAGAGCAUUUCGUCAUAGAACCAAAUACGGGUAUCAUUAGAAUUAACAAGCAGGUGGAUUAUGAACAUCAGAAACAUUAUGAGCUGUCUGUGAUUGCAAGAGACAAUGGUUCACAAACUUUAGAAUCGAACGCGGUAGUAGAAGUGAACAUAACUAACGUCAACGAACAACCAGCAAACAUCAACCUGGUAUACCUCAUACAGGACAACAAAACCUACGAAAACGCAACAGUUGGAGGCUUCAUCGCCCGAAUUUCCGUCAGCGAUCCUGAUUCCCCGAACAAUUACUUUGCUAAUGUUAACGUUACUUUGCAGGGAGACAUGGGGUAUUUCGGUCUGGUGACAGAUGACAAGGUGGUUUACCGUAUAAAGAUUCUGAAACCCUUGGAUAGGGAGACAUACUCAAAUUACAACCUGACAAUCACUGCAGAAGAUUCAGGGCCCGGCGGACCGCCUCUCUAUGCAACCAAAUCGUUUACGUUGAUAGUGGAUGACGUGAAUGACAAUGCUCCAAAGUUUAAUCAAACCGUCUACACAGCGUCUGUCCCUGAAAAAGCCCCCGCUGGUACCUCAGUGGUUAAUGUCAUGGCCACAGAUCCUGACCUUGGAGAAAACGCCCGUGUGACCUACAGCAUAAUAUCUAACCCUUCAUCAGAUUCGGAUUGGUUUGAAAUCAGUGUUACCACUGGAUUUAUUACAACCAAGAGCACUGCCAACAUUGAUUGUGAGCAUAAUUCCAACCCAUGGAUCACAGUUAUUGCUACCGAUCAUGGGAGUCCACCUUUAUCAUCUACUGCCACUGUUAGCAUCACCAUCGACGAUGUCAAUGACCUUGAACCUGUGUUUGAGAGGUCAUAUUAUGAAGCUAAAGUGCCUGAAAAUGUAGCUGUUGGAUCCUGUAUUUUGGCGGUGUCUGCUAAUGAUCCAGAUUGUCAAGGAAGAACCCAGAAUUUGGUCCGCUACCAUUUGGACAACUCCACCGCCUCACGACCCUUUACGGUAGAUCCUACCAGUGGACAAAUCUGUGUCAGCAAAGCUCUUGAUUUUGAAACAAAACAAAGUCAUGAAUUCACAGUGUUUGCAAGGGAUGCAGGUGACCUAGAAAGCAAUGCUGUAGUAAAAGUAACACUCAGUGAUGUCAACGACAACCACCCUGAGUUCUACCCCCAGAAUUACAGUGUCAAUGUGGACCUGUCGGAGGCCAAUGUUGGGACCACCAUUGUCCGAGUUCAGGCUCAGGACCCUGACACUGGCUCAGCGGGGAGCAUCCAGUACAGCAUCACUGCCGGCAAUGAUAGGGGGUUCUUCAGUAUUAUCACUAGCUCAGGUCGUAUCAAUCUGGUGUCCCCCUUGCCUCUAGAGGAGAAGAUCUAUAAACUAGAGGUAACAGCGACAGAUGGGGAGGGUCUCACUUCUAUAAUCCCGGCCCAUGUCUACAUCAGCAUCACUGGACAAAACUCCCAUCCCCCAGUGUUUGAUCACCUGACCUACAGCUUCUCUGUCCCAGAGGACACGGUUCAUGGAACCACCGUGGGGACGAUUCAUGCCACUGUUCAGCCAGUCAAUGGGGUCACUCCAGUUGUGAGGUAUUCCAUUGCAUCGGGUGAUAAGAAUGGUCUGUUUGCCAUCAAUGACAGGACAGGAGUGAUUUCCAGCACCAAGUCGCUGGACCAUGAGACCCAGGCAUUUGUCUUACUUAGUAUCAGAGCAGAAGCAGGAGAUCCGCCAGUGUUUGCCACUGCACAGGUUAAUAUUUCAAUUACGGAUGUGAAUGACAACAGUCCUCAGUUCCAGACCAGCUCGCUCCAGAUUCCAGUUUGGGAGGAUGAGGAUCUCUCCACUACACUGUACACAGCUCAUGCCACUGAUCCAGACAGCGGGAGUAAUGGUGUCAUUCUCUACAGUAUGGCUGGAGACUCGUCCAACACCUUCAAACUCAACUCAACUUCAGGGGAAAUCACUUUGCUCAGGUCCCUCGAUUACGAGCAAGUUCAGCUGUAUAAAUUGUACAUCGAGGCUCGUGAUCAAGGAAACCCUCCACGCACCUCCACCCUGAGUCUGACCAUCUCCGUGCUCAAUGUCAACGACAACUCGCCCGUCUUCUCAGCCAGUAGCUAUGUUUUCAAUGUGAGCGAGUCGGCUCUGGUUCAGUCCAACAUUGACCAAGUCCAGGCCACCGACAGAGACGGGGAUCACGUGUCGUAUUCCUUCCGUGAUUCCAUGUACCUGAAUCUGUUUGGAAUCGGCAGCUCAUCUGGAUUUAUUUACAUCAAGCAAGAACUCAAUCGUGAAGAGAAAGAUAAAUACACUUUAACGGUUGUGGCAAGAGACAGUGGAAAAGAUUACCGCUCAUCCUCAGUUCCUGUCACAAUCAACGUGCUUGAUGCCAACGACCACAGCCCUGUCUUCAAACAGUCUUUCUACACUUUCUACAUUCUGGAGAAUAUGGCCGCUGGUACCGUUGUAGGACAGACCACUGCUACAGACAAGGAUACAGGGGAGAAUGCAUAUCUACGUUAUCAGUUCGAACAGCCAGAGCCCCACCUGAAGAUUGAUUCGGACACAGGUGUGAUCACGACCACUGUGUCACUGGACAGGGAGGAAAAGAACUUCUAUAACCUCACAGUGGUAGCCAGUGAUCACGGGGAUCCCAAGAAGUUUGACUACACCAAUGUCAAGAUUUUUGUGGGUGACUUGAAUGACAAUAGUCCAAAGUUUCUCAAUAGCCAACCAAUUGAAGCUACUGUCAAUGAAAAUGAACCCAAAGGAACUUCCGUCCUCAAUAUUUCUGCCAAAGAUGAUGAUGCUUUAGAGAAUGGAACAAUAUCAUAUUCUCUCAUAGCAGAUGGAGAUGCCAAUGUCUUGAAAUAUUUUGCUAUACACCCAAAGACAGGCUUAGUCACAACCCUAGAAGUCUUAGAUUUUGAGCAGAAGAACAGAUAUGCUUUAGGUGUCAUAGCUAAGGAUCAUGGGAAUCCAGCAAAGAGUUCUUCCUCUUCCCUUGUCGUUCAUGUCAAAGAUGAAAAUGAUGGUAGACCAAUUUUCUCUUCUCAGAAUUUGACCAUACAAGUGGUAGAAAAUAUCAAAACAGGGUCAAUUGUUGGCAAAGUGGAAGCCAAAGAUUGGGAUUCUGGUGAAAAUGGCCGUGUUUCGUACUCUAUCAUUGGUGGAAAUGUGUUUGAUGUGUUUGCUGUCAAUGUAUCCAAUGGUAAUAUUUACUGCAUCAGAAAUGUGGAUUAUGAGGAGGCAUCCUCACAUUCUCUAGCAGUGAAGGCUGUCGACAACUCCCCCUACAACCCAAAGAGUAGCACAAUCAAUGUGAUAGUGGAAGUUGUUGAUGUCAACGAUAACCCACCAGUGUUUGAGAAAGACCCUGUUCUCAUCAGCAGGAAGGAGAAUUUACCAACUGGAUAUACAGUGCACACAUUUACUGCAACAGACAAGGAUUCCGGAGUCAAUGGAAGUGUUCGUUACAGCAUUCAGAGCCAGACUCCAGAUAGGGCUUUGUUUACAAUUGAUCCCAUAUCUGGAGACCUAAAAGUGGCUUCUGUAUUGGAUUAUGAGGAAGUGAAGCAGGUGUCCCUAGUGAUUCAAGCCCAGGACCAAUGUCACGCUGGAUGCCAGCAGAAAGCAACAAUCACCGCUUGGCUGUCUGUGUUGGAUGUCAAUGACAAUACACCAGUCUUUAAGGGGAAUUCCUCUUACUCGGUGUUUGAGAAUGAGACAGUGGGCCCACAGGGAUUUCCUGUCACGCACAUCAUUGCCACUGACGCCGACAGCAACGUUGACGAAAGUGGAAACGGAGUCUUGGCUUUCAGCAUCGUGGAUGGGAACGAGGAGGGUCACUUUGCUAUCGACAGAUCUUCAGGGCUGCUGAGUAUACAGACGACCUUGGACAGAGAGACCACGCCCUCCUUCACCCUGACCAUCCAGGUCCGGGACCAGGGCACACCCCAGAGAUCGGCCAUCAAACUAAUCAGCAUCCACGUCCUGGACAUCAAUGACCACGCCCCUCUAUUUAGCCAAUCCUCGUACACUGUUGAUAUCCAGGAGAACCUCCCCCCACAGUCCAAUGUGCUGCAGGUCCAGGCCACUGACCUUGAUAUUGGAGUGAAUGGCAAGUUGUCCUAUUACCUUCCCCCUGGGGUGGGAGGGGACAAGUUUGUGUUGGACUCCACCACUGGUCAACUGAGUACCACCGCUAGCCUGGACCGGGAGGCUCAAGCCAGCUACACACUUACAGCCUAUGUUCGUGAUUUCGGAUACCCAGAGAGAUACAGCAGUGCCACCAUCGUGGUGAGGGUUACGGACGUCAAUGACAACCUCCCAAUGUUCGUCAAGGAUGAGGUCAGUCUGUCCAUCCCCGAGAACACGGAGCAGCGAGCGAUUCACCAGGUGGUCGCCAAAGACCUUGACACCGGAGACAAUGCCAGACUGUCUUACACAAUCAUUAGUGGUAAUGUAGGCAGUGCUUUCACUAUUGACCCAGAGACUGGGCAACUGUCUUGCAAAAGUCUGGACAGGGAAACUGUGUCCUCUUACAAUCUGACCAUCAGGGCUAGUGACCAUGGCAGCCCACAGAGAAACACAAUGUGCAGGGUCUUUGUCAAAGUACUGGACAAAAAUGACAACUACCCACAAUUCUCUGCUCUGGAGUAUGCUCACACCAUCAAGGAGAAUGUUGUAGUGGGCACGUUUGUGCUCCAGGUUUCAGCCAGCGAUAUUGAUGAGGGGGAGAAUGCUCACAUCACCUACUCCCUGGGGAACGACACGGACGGACUAUUCCAGGUGGACAGCCAAUCAGGAAACAUUACCACCAAUGGCCUUUUUGACUAUGAAAAGAAGACAUCCUACGUAUUCUUUGUGGUUGCUAAGGAUGGAGGUCAGAAGGACAUCAAGAACAAGACAGUUCAAGUCCGCAUCAAUCUGAGCGAUGUCAACGACAAUGCACCAGUCUUCACAGAGAUGGCCUACCACAAGAAUCUGUCCGUCAACACGGCGUCAGAUACACUGGUCGUCAGGGUCAAAGCGGAUGAUAGGGACUCGGGCAUCAAUGGAGAAGUUCGAUAUUCCCUGAGUAACUCAGGAACAGACCUGGCUACCUAUAACAUGUUCCGCAUUGAUGCAGUGACUGGAGACCUCUACACGAAGCAGACUCUGACCACCUCUGGUGUCCGCAUGAUCCAGGUGGUGGCAAACGACCUGGGAACACCUGAACUUAAUGCUACAGGUAUUGUGGAGGUGACUGUGGGUGGUGGUUCUGGAGAUCUCAGCCUCAGGUUCGACCAGGCAUCCUACCAUGUCAUGAUCAGGGAAAACCCCUCUAGGGGAACCCCCGUCACCACUGUCCGAGCCACCUUCGUUGGGUCAGGAAGUGGUCCUAUCACCUACUCUCUGGUCAACAGCAAUGACCAGCUGGUGUUCUCAUUGGGUGCCUCUACGGGAACCAUCACUAUUAACAAUGGUGCCACGCUGGACUUUGAGGUGGCCCAGGAAGUGCAUGUGAUGGUGGUGGCAACCAGUGGUGGCCUCUCUACUUAUACACGCUUGGUGGUUCAGCUGACCGACGUCAAUGAUAAUGCACCCAAGUUUGCCCAGAAUGUGUACUACUCCUCUACCUGGGAGGGUGAGGAAGGGGACCAGGUGUAUGUUACCCAGGUACUUGCCGUAGAUGCUGACUCAAAUAGCAAUGCUGACAUAAUGUACAACAUCAUAGGAGGCAACGAGGGGUUCACCUUCCAGAUCUACCCUCCCCACAGUGGCAUUGUAGUGACCACCCUCCCUCUGGACUAUGAAAUACAGGACAGCUACAGCCUGACCAUAGAGGCAGUGGACCAUGGACAGCCUCCCCUCAGUAGCACCUGUACCCUCAACAUAGCAGUGGUGGACAUCAAUGACCAGAGACCGAAGUUCCCUGACCCUAUGCCAGUCAAUCUUAGCGAAGCUGCUGAUGUUGGUUCUUUGGUGAGACUGAUAACUGCCAAUGACAGGGACAGAAAUCCUACACUGCUCUAUGAUUUCACACCCAAUGGUAACCCUGGAAACACCUUCACCAUUGACCGCUUCAGUGGACGAAUCACACUGGCAAAACCUCUGGACCAUGAAGUCCGCAAGCAUUAUGCAGUUGGCCUAUCGGUCAAUGAUACAAAGCAUUCCGCUCAGACCAUCUUGGAAGUUAAUGUGGAGGAUGAAAAUGACAACCAUCCUGUGUUCUCUCAACAGAGUUACCAGGCUGACAUUCCUGAGUUCACCGGUUCUGGUGUGAAGAUAUUGACUGUCACUGCCACUGACGCAGACAGCGGGAUCAACUCUAUACUGACAUACAACCUCAUCGUAAAUCCCACAGGGGGAUUCUACAUUGAUCCCAAUACAGGAGAGCUUUUCACAAAUAAGACAGUGGAGCUACGUCAAGAUCAACAGGUCAUUACUUUGGUGGUGACUGCUCAAGAUGGCGGGAGACCACGAUUAUCGGCUGUGGUAGCCAUUAACCUUCAAGUGAUCCCUGUCAACCACUAUGCUCCAGAAUUUCCAUCACAGCAAUCCAAAUUUAUUUUCGCGGAGGACAUUAAGAAGGGAGAGAACCUGUGGAGUGUGACCGCCACAGACAGGGACAUGAAACAGGAAAUCUACUACAGCAUAAAGGCAGGGAACCAGCACAAUACUUUCGGAAUCGAUCGACAGUCAGGACUAGUUUUCCUGAAUGAGAACCUUGAUCGCGAGCUAGUGCCAACAUAUUCACUAAUCAUUGAGGCUUCAGAUAACGGCAAUCCUUUCAAAACCAACACUCUGGUGGUCUCUGUGGAGGUGCGGGAUGUCAAUGAUCAGAGACCAGUGUUCCAGCCUACCAUGUACUUCAAGGAAUUACCUGAGAACACGGCCCACUCAAACUCAUUUCUACAGGUGCUUGCCACAGAUGAUGAUGAGGGAGUCAAUGCCGAAAUACAGUACACCAUCACAUCCGGGAAUGACCAGGGUCUGUUUAUUGUCCAUGGCAGAACUGGUGCCGUCUCCAUCACUCCUAAUGCUACUUUGGACUAUGAGACCACCACCCAACAUAAGUUGAUCGUGAGAGCAACUGAUUGCUUGGGAUGCAACAGUACACAGAUCAGAUUCUCUGCUUUUGCUACCAUUGUCAUAAAUGUGACUGACGUCAAUGAAUAUCCUCCUGUGUUUCCUGUGCCAUUUUAUUAUGCCAGUGUCAAUGAAGGACCAACCGGAACAAAGGUAUUCCAGGCACAUGCUAAUGAUAAAGAUGGUGGACCUUAUGGUGUUCUCUCGUACCAAAUCAAAAACACGGUCGUAUUCAAAAUUGAUUCCGUCACUGGAUUGGUUUCCACAAACAUGAACAUUGAUUAUGAGAACCUGCCAUACCUCUCCGACCCAGGACAGAACCAGUACAGGUUUGAUCUAGCAGUCACUGACCCAAUGGGGCUGGAGGACACGAAGCCUGUUAUUGUGACCAUCAAUGAUGUGGAUGAAUUCGCACCAGUGUUCACUCAGAACAAGUAUGCAUUUGAGGUUCCUGGAAACGCCAAACAAGGUCAUGCGAUCGGCAAGGUCAGUGCCACGGAUCAGGACGGCGGACUCGCUGGAAUGGUUUUCUACAUAAUUAAGAAUCCGGUGGAUUACUUCAACGUCAAUAUCACCACUGGUGAAGUGUAUGUGUCCCAUGACUUUCACUCGAACAUCAGGAGUAAGCGCGAGUCUACACGCCAGAAACGUGCCUUGGAUAAAAACUUUGUGACCCUAAUUAUUACAGCCACAAACGGAGUGGAGAACGUGAUGGAGUCUACUUCCAUUGUGGAGGUCUCCAUUGACACCAAAUGUGCGGGAUGUGCUCUGGCACAAUCCCAGGGUGAACCAGAUGAACCAGUGAAUACAACAAUAAUCGCAAUCGUGGUUGUGUUUGUGCUGGUGGCCAUUAUUCUUGUAGUUAUAAUCGUGAUCAUUGUGAUUAGAUUCAGGAAGAGGAAGACCCCGACUGUGGUUUAUGAAACCGAGUAUCCGAAUCAGUUUGAUUUCCCUGUGGCUAAUGAUGAUGGGUCUCCACCUGCUUAUGAUGAAAAAUACAGGAAUCAUCCAAUCACUCCCGAUAUCUCUGAGCGGUCCCAUCACUCUCAGUCCAGUGGGCGUGGCUCUGUGGAGGCAGAUGAAGACGAGGAGAUCAUGAUGAUCAAUUCACAUUCCUCCGUUCUAAACAACUCCAGUGGGUUCCGUAGCAAGAACAUGCCCGACUCAGGAAUUCAGGAUGAUGACAAUACAUCUGAACCUUCCGUUCAGAACUCUAAAGACUACUUGGCACGGCUCGGUAUAGAGCCUGUUCAUACACAGAUAAAGACUCAGAAUAUCAUGCAGUCAGUGGAAAGCAUGCAUCAGUUUACUGAAGAAGGGGGUGGGGAAGAUGUGGAAUAUAAUAAUGACUCUAGUGCAGAUAUCGUGAUAUCUGACAGCAAUAAUGACUUAGGGUUCCAUGAACCUGUAGAAAUGCAGCAGCAUGUGGGGUCACUGUCGAGUGUGAUAAACAGUGAAGAGGAGUACAGUGGCUCCUAUAACUGGGACUACCUACUGGACUGGGGCCCCCAGUACCAGCCCCUAGCCCAUGUGUUCACAGAAAUCGCAAGAUUAAAGGACGAUAGACAAACGCCUAAAAAGCAGCCUGUGAAAACUGUGCCACAGCGAAAGCAAAACAUAAAUCUUAACCCCCAAGUAAAAAUGGACCCUCCCCCAAUCAUAACCAAUGCCCCUCCCAAGGCCGUGCAACAUGGCCAACCGCAAAACAGUCAGGGCAGCAAGCACUCCUCCCGAACAAACAGUACAAUGAAUGUGUCCUCACUUCCAAGUUUACCUCGCUCCCCCAUCAGUUACGAGUCUAGCUUUACCUCCCCCGCCAUCACCCCUUCCUAUACACCCUCCCUCACCCCCCUGGCCACACGGAGCCCUUCCAUCUCUCCGUAUGGGUCGGGUCAUAACACACCAAACAGACAACGAGGAAACGGUCACAGGCAGAUGAUGGCUCUGUCGUCCGAGUCAGAACAAGAGCUAAGGAUCUAACAGUGUCCUGACAUUUUGUGAUAUUAUAUUAUAUAUGCAGUCUGCUGUUACUUACAAGUAGCAGGGCUCUUCUAGCUCAGUAUUACAUUAUAAAGUAGUACUUUAUUUUUUCAAAUAUGAUUUGUUUUUUAAUGAUGACACAAAGAUGCAUGUAUAUUUAAGUUGUAUUUUUAUUUUAACUUAAAAACUUUUUACUUUACUUGAAACAUUUCCAGUUGAUCAGAAAGAGUUAUUUGUUGUAUAAUUUAAGGGGUUUUUUUCACCAUGAUCACCAUGUAGUUUAUUUUUCUAUGAAUUGUUGAUGGUGAUCCUUGUGUAUAUGAUAUUCUUAAAACAAAAUGAAAUAUUUGACAGAAGAACUAGGGUCAAUUUUGAUUUCAGGUUGAAUUUUAACUGACUUUGUUAUAAGUGUAGUGCUUGUUUUAGCGGACUUGUGUCCAUCUGUCUGUCUGAUAUUAAAUGAGUUGUGAGGUAUGCAAUAUUAGAGGGACCAUUAACCAAUUAGUCUCGGAGACUUUAAAUUCCAUGUACCUUAUUGUCAAAAUGGACAUGACCCAUUGUCAUGCCAUGUUUUGUCAACUUUUUAUCAAUCUUGUUGAUGCUGAAUUUUAUGCACAUGUUUUAGUGCCAAUGACAUACUGCAGUCUUUUAGAAAUUUGCAUUUAGUUUUAAACUUUUUUAAAACAAAAUUGAAUGCUCAUGUUCUCUGAUCAAAUUUAUGUGCAUUGAUACAUAUCUUUAGAUGGACCAUUUUGUAUAUUUCAUCUUUUAAAGUUCAAUGUAGUUUUAGAAUUUUAGACUUUUUCAUUUUGUGCCAUCAUGAAUAUGCAUAUUUUUCUACAGUUGUAAAUUUUUUAAAAAUCAAAAGUCAUUUAUAACAGUUAAUUAGAGUUCAUCCCAGGUCAACAGGUUAAAUUGUCUCAUUCAUUUCAGUUUAUGUAUACCAUGUAAAGUUUAGAUGAAUCAAAUUUAUUUAUACCAAAUAAAGGAAAAAUGAAAAAUAA